AGAUACAUUUAAAAAGUUACUUCUCUAGAAUUUAUUUCUAAUUCUUGUCUGAGAGCUCACAAAAUAAGAGUGUUUUUCUACCAAGGUAAUUUUUUCAGCAUUGAGUAUUUAGUAGCCUCAGCCAUGUUUCAGGACUUAUGCAGGAAGCUGGUCAUGUCUGUUGCUCUAACAUUUAUGAACUUGAGCUCUUUUUGGAGCACGUGGGAAAGCACAUCCUCAAAGGUGUUAUCAGGAGCUAUUUGUUCUGUCAUUUAGUCUGGAGUUUCCUUUAUGUUGUAGCUUUUAAAGGAAAAUCCUAUUGCACAAAUAGGUAGUCUUUUUUUUUUUCUCCCUCUGCCUGCUCAGUCUUGCUCUUUUAUUACUUUAUAUGUGUUUGUGAAGCUGCUGCUUUAUAUAUUCUACCCCCCCAGCCUAAUUUUUUUAAACGUCUUGAGCCUUGAUGUGAUUUAAUGGCAUGGCAACAUAAAUGUUUGUGUUGGGCAGGAGGGAUGUGAAACAGUGAAAGGAAGGGACGGAAUUAAAUAAGAGGGAAUAAGGACUACUACUUUCAACUGCAGUGUUGUUUAUAACAGAAAUUGGAUAGCUUAAAGUCUAUGUGAAGCUGCAGCCAGAGUGUGUUAUCACAUUGAAGCUCAGUGGAUUUUAUAACUUGUUUCUCCCUUCUGGUUCCUGGACACCUCUCUGCUACUACCUCUCUGUGAGAUCUUGCAGAUGGGCAGCUGCAAUUAGAUGGGUUGAGAAGUAAGUUGAGAAGUAGGGUGGAAAACUAGCCCUGCAUGAAAAAAUGGUAGUCUUCCAUUGGGUCACACUACUGACUUUCCCUGGAACUGCACAGCUGUUAAUUAGAUCUGGCCCAGGAAUGGCUGGUGUAGUGGCAUUUGGUCUUUCUGCAAUUAUUGAACUUCUGGGAGAACCGUUCUGGGUGUUAGCACAAGCUCAUUUGUUUGUGAGACUUAAGGUAAUUGCUGAGAGCCUUUCAGUAGUAUCAAAAUGCAUUUUGACAGUUAUUUUAGUAGUUCUUUAUCCUCAAUGGGGCCUUUACAUUUUUUCCUUGGCUCAGCUUUUAUAUGUCAGUGUUCUGGUAAUGUGCUAUGUAAUUUAUUUUGUGAUGUUUUUGGGGUCUCCUGAAGCAACAAAGAAGUCAUUUCCAGUUGUUAGAAUGAAAGCACUAUUACCUAGCUUGGUGGAAGAUGAGACCUUUGUUAACUGGAAGGAAGCACGAUUGACUUGGAGUUUCUUCCAACAAUCCUUCUUGAAACAGAUUUUGACAGAAGGUGAACGAUAUGUGAUGACUUUUUUGAACGUGUUAAAUUUUGGAGAUCAGGGUGUGUAUGAUAUCGUGAAUAACCUUGGUUCACUGGUUGCCCGGUUUAUCUUUUUGCCUAUUGAGGAGAGUUUUUAUGUCUUUUUUGCUAAAGUGUUGGAAAGAGGGAAGAAGGUAAAGGAUCAGAAGCAGGACGAUGUUGCUAUGGCUGCAAAUGUAUUAGAAUUGCUGUUGAAACUUGUGCUUCUGAUUGGCCUUACCAUCACGGUUUUUGGUUAUGCCUAUUCUCAGCUGGCUUUGGAUAUUUAUGGAGGCUCAAUGCUCAGUGCUGGAGCAGGUCCAGAUCUCCUCCGAUGUUACUCUUUGUACGUCCUAUUUCUUGCUAUCAAUGGAGUAACAGAAUGUUUUACGUUUGCUUUGAUGUGCAAAGAGGAAGUAGACAGGUACAAUUUUGUUAUGCUGGCCUUGUCCUUCACAUUUCUGUUUAUCUCUUAUUUCUUGACCCACUGGCAUGGCAGUAUAGGCUUUAUCCUUGCCAACUGCUUUAACAUGGGUAUUCGAAUAGCUCACAGCAUCCACUGUAUCUAUGAUUACUUCAAAGAAAGCACUUACAGACCUUUGACAGGCUUGCUUCCCUCACCAUUUUUGGUACUUGUUUAUAUCAUAAGUGGAGUAACCACUGGUUUCUCAGAGGUAUUCUUCUGCUGCGAUAAGGGUUGGAUGGCAAGGCUGAUUCACAUCAGCAUGGGGGCUCUGUGCUUUGCAGCAACCAUCGUUACUGUGUUCUGCACAGAGACCAAGCUGAUCCACUUUGUCAGAAGCCAGUUCCUCUCCCAGUAUAUGAAGAAAGGAACAUGAAAUGCUUGUGUGCAGCACAGUUCUUGUACAUGCUUGCAGGAAAGGGGUGCAUUUUUUGCGUAAGAUCUGUAUGGAAAAAAAGAUGUCCAUGUGUGUUUGAUGGAAGCAUUGAUAUUGGAGUGGCAAUGUAAAAGGUUGCCAACUGAAUACUACUUUGUGUUCUAAACCAGUCAGUACAGUGAAAGAGAGCUGAGUAAUUCUCCCUGUGUGCAUCAUCCUUUUCUUAGCUUUUCUUCAGACAGCCUCUUUGGUAAUGAAUGAAAGUCUAAGAUACACCCUUCUGACGUAACCUAAUUGACAGAGUUAAUGCAGAGAGCUCCCAUUCUUACCAAUGGGAGCACAUGUAUGAAGGCAUCAUGUGGCUUACAUCUUAAGGUGUAAUUGAGAGUGCCCUUAUUUGGCAUGGUGGGCCGCUUAACUAGUUAGAAAAUAAAUAGCCUGACAAAAAAGCCCAGCAAAACCCACAAAACAAAAAAAAGCUGAAGAAAACAGUAGAGCAAGGACCAAUAGCAAUAUAACUUACUGAAGUAGAACAUAAUGCAGUGUAGGGAGAUUGAGUUGUCAGUGUUUUAAAGUAUAAAACACUGAACAAUAUUCUGAUGUUUACAAGUAAAUUGAUGGAAUACACAGCAAGUGUUCAUGCUAUGUAAGAUUAUUUCAUUCAGCAUAUCAUUAAUUUAUAAGGGUAUUGAUUAACUUGUAAAAAAUACUCCGAAGCCUUAGCUAAAACAAAAAAGGACUUUUGAGCACUGUUUUACAGUAGGUGUCAAGUAAAAUCACACUGACGCUGAAUUUCCAGAAGGUUAAUCAUAAAUCUUCUUACUUUCACUCCAUUAUGUUUUGGUUUUAUCUGAGAUUUUAAAUGCCAGCACGAACAAAUUUGUCUCAAUAAAAUUAUGUUAUCUUAUCUGUGAAAUUAAAUGUUAAAUAUAUUCAAUAAGCUUGCUUUCAAGGAUUUACGCACAUUGCAACUUUCAUUAUUGGAUAGCAAAUACUGCAUUUUGUUACAACCAGUUUUCCUCAUGUCUUGUUCCUAUACUUGUUCAGUCUUAACCUUUGUAUUGAUUUUUUUAAAUUGUUGGAAAUUUGGAGAUUCAGAAGUUGUAAAAUUAGAUAUUAGGCUGCUGUUUUAGGUUCGCUAAUGGUGUAUUUAUUGCUGGUCUAAAUUGGCAGUUUCAGAACGUACAAGUGGCAGGCUUAUAAUGACCAGUAUCCCCUUUGCCGUGAUUGGAUGGACCAAAAAAUGUCGAGCGAUGAAAAAUGUGUUCAGACAUGUACAGUUGAAAGCUUUUAGUUUAAUUAUGUAGCAGUUCCUCAGAUCCUCAGACUGCUUAAAAAAUUACUUCACUGUAAUGGCAUUGUGGAGUUCAUCCUGGUAACCAGAGCUCAGAGUGAAAUGCUUCCUGGUAUUGGUGUCUUCAGUUUGGUACUGUUAGAAACACUUUCUAAACUCUGGUAAUUUUCACUUGGCAAAUAUCACCAGAGAUACUUUGUAUGAGAAUUUGGUGAUUGAAAAAUUAUCAGAGAAGCCAAAAUGUAACAAUGGAAGGUGCACUUCCUCAGCUAAAGGCAGUGUCUCCAUUGCACGGCUGGAAGGUAGUAGAGAGUGAGUCGCUGAUUCUUCUGAAGUUGUUAUGAAGUCUAUAAAAAUCAAACUCCACAUUAUUCUGUCCUGUUAAGUGAGUUUGGUAGUUCUGUGCCUUUUAAAUUUUUCUCUUUUCAGUUUUCAUGCAACUUUUCAAUCUCAUUUCCAUCAGGUAUGGAGUUUGUUAUGAAGUACAGCUCCAUAUAUCGUAGAGGGUUGAAACUUCUUUAUUAUAAAUUGUCAAUGCAUACAGUUUCUUUUUCAUUACUUGUUCAUAAUUAAAAACCAAACAAGACAGUUGAAUUUACAGACUCUUUUUUAGGGUCUGUCUUUUUCUGCAUGAGUUUGGGAUCUUGCUUUGGGAAUAUCUCAAGCUCUACAGGGAAUUUUAACUAAUUAUUGGAAUGAGUAAUUUUGUAUAGCCUGCACUUAAAGUGCUUUGGAGAUUGGAGAACUUUUCCUACAAAAUGAGCUUGAAGUCAUCCUGUCUUGUCUACUCUUGUGAUCCCAGCUGUACAGUGAUACUACUUCUGCUGCUGGUAUCAUCAUAAAUAGGGCAUUGUGAGGUCUCACUGUUCAAAUAGUGGGCUGUCUAGGCUCAUAAAUCUUUUUUAAUAUAAAUGCUAUGUAUACAUUUAAAGAAAAGGUACAUUUUAAAACUAAUUAGUUUGAUUUCAUAUUGUAAAGUCUUAUAAUACCUCCUGCAUCUCAACAAGUGAAAAUGCAUUUUCAUAUGAAUCAGGAAGACAUUUGAGGUGGCUCAUUUGCAAAUUAACUAUACAUUUCUCUUUUAAACUUGAUCUGUAAGCAUUUUAGUAAUGGCUUGGUUUGGGUGUUUUUUAAUGUGGCAGGAAACUGCAAGGAGGGUCAGGAAGUAUAGAUCUAUGAAGCUGUCUCCUGGUGUCUUGUUUAUCUGUGUGAUCCUUAAUGUGAAAGCUGUUAAUGGCUUUAUUGAUAAAGAAGCAAACUGGCAGAUUUGGGGACAAAAUUGAGACUGAACUUGACCAAAUUUCCCUUUUGACUGCAGUUCUCUCAGUCUGUCAAAGGCACAGUGGGAUGCUUGUCUACAAAUUCCAUUAAGCUAUUUUGCAGUGUUUUGCUGAAAUCCUUUAGUUUAAGCCAAAAGAGACUUAAAACUGUUUCUUGUUGGAGAAAACAUUAUACUUUCAUACAUCAUGUGAUGUGGGUUUUUAAAAAAUACUUGGAUGAAUGACAUUCAAAAAACUGUAAGAUAAAAUGGUUAUAUAAUAGGAUAAUAUAAAAUAAAAAUUAUUUCCCUUACAUUUUGUUUUUGUCUUCCA